AGAUUCAACAUCAUCUCUUCCGUUCGUGUUCACGCCGUCUGUCAGGCUUCUAGGAGAAAUUUUUGUAACGAACGAUGCUAUUGGCUUUCAAAAACGUGACGUCACUUCACGUCGACGACUUAUAAACAACAAGCACGCUGCAUUGAGGUUGCUUUUCGCUGUGGUUUUGCUGAAAGAGGUUGGCCACAUGACUGAAGUCAGUGAAGAGGGAGAGAGUAUUUUUUGUGAGAAAGCAGAAAAAGAACAAAAAACGGAAUUAUGCCCAAGUGCUUCCAAUGCCAAUGGUUUGGUGGUUCGACCUAUGUCAGUGGAUGAUGCAGAUAUUGUGGCAAGGCUGACGGUGAAGGCGUUCAAAGCUAAAUUUGAAUGGGCUGUUGGAAAAAAGAGCAUAGAGAAGAUAGUGGCUGGGCAAGCAGCAGAGAACAGAGAUCCUAAAAAAUACCAACACCGCAUAUUCAUAGCAGAAUAUGAUGGAAAGGUAGCUGGUUGUAUUGGGAUCAAGUUCUUUGGAGACAAGCACAAGCUUCUCAAGCACAACUACAAGGGCAUGGGUUGCCUGCCAUUACUUAGAUUACGUUGUAUGGCUGUUUCACAGAACGAGGAUGUGAAAGACCCGACAGCAUGCUACAUCAAUGAACUUUGUGUGGCUGAAGAUUAUCGUGGAAAAGGCAUAGGAACUGCUCUGUUACAAGCUGCAGAAGCAGAGGCUGUUAAGCAUGGAUGCACGAAAACCUUGUUGCAUGUGGCCUUGGGGAACCCAGCUCUCCAUCUGUAUCAAAGAGAAGGCUAUAAGAAAAAAGGAGAGGAGAUAGAUUUAAUUUCCUAUUGCAUUAUUGGUGUCAAGGGCUGGUACUUCAUGGAAAAAGAGCUAAUCACCUGACUAGAUGUGGAACUAGAUGGCAAAAGUUCCUCAAGCAUCCAUGCUUCUGAUGGGUGAAGAUCUCGCCUCGCGGCUGGUAGUGGGUACUUUUCGGGUUAAGGGAAAGUUACAUGUUUGGUACGCUAUAGGGAGGAUGCUAGAAAUAUUGCUGUAAAGCAGGUACCUCUCAUUGGUACAAGUGGUGGUACUAUAUAUGUGGUACCGUCAAGGACUGAAUGAGCACUGUUUGCCCCCCUGGCAGUAUAGUCUUGACAUCACCAAGUGACAGCUGUCUGUCUUUAGAUGGUGGCAUAAUGGAUUGACAAUAAAAAACCUUUUGA